UUGAGAAACAGUCUUAUUUUCUAGGGACGACAUCGAAUUCCGAGGUGCUUGCACAUUUCUCCAUGACAGUGGUGAAGUUAUACAUUUUGAGGAUGCAAGUCUGAGGCAGCUAAUUUUUGUGGAUCCGCUAUGGUUAGCUGACUACCUUGCUGCUGUAGUCGCUCUAAGAUCUCCUCAUAAAGCUGCUGGGAUCAUAUCGCAAGAUGCCCUCAAUCCACUGCUAAAACAAUUUCGUUCUCUUGACUCAGCCACUCCUCUGCGAGGAGCUCUUCUUCACCUGCUGCAAAAAUGCGAACUAGCUUUACCAUGCCUUGCUCGCCGCCUUAUUGUUCCUGCUCUUUUGCCAGACGAGUACAGGCUUCGAGCUGAUUAUCACACUGCUUCGGUUCGGAUAGGUGCAAAAGUGGUAUCCUGGACAAUUCGUUCAUCCCCGGAGCCCAUGCCUGCUCACCAACCGUUAACUCGAACAGUCGGAGUUUGGCCGAGCUCGAUCGAACAUGCUCCCUUAUCUCCACAAAAGUCAUUGAAUGGAAAUAUUGGAAAUGAGGCAAUUUUUACGUUUACUUAUUCCCCUGAGAAACAAUUACGUCGAGUUUAUGCCAUGUCUUACAUUCCUACUGGCUUUUGGAGUCGCCUUAUGACUAGCUCAUCGUUAAAGGCUGAGGUGCGCAACUUGGACUACACUUGUUUGGACUUUCGAAUCCGUGAUGAGCAGAAACGCUGGAGAACUUUUCCACUUGAUCAGUAUGCUCUCAUUGAAUUGCUAGUUCCUCAGCUGAGUGCCACGGUCGUGGAUGUGAAAAAGAUGUCAAUAACAACAGAAGGUGAAGGUUCAACCAGGCUUCUUGCACUAGUAGUGGAUCUUCUGGACACAUUGCUUGAAGACUGGUAUCCAGCGAUAGGUACUCGCUUCGUGCACUCAUCUGAGGGUGAUCUAUUGGUGAAUAGAUUUGUUCCUUGUUCCAAAUGUGCAUGCGAUAUCGCAGCCGAGGCUCAACGCGCUCAUGACGAUGCAGAAGUUUCUCACCGGAAAAGUAGCAGUGAACGUGCAGUUCGUGGCUCGAAGACUACUGGUGACAUUUCAACUUUGUAUGUUAUCCACUGUUUUUCGAUAGAGGAAUGUAUGCUGGCAGGCCGUGAGUAUGGAUGGCUUGAGUGUCCUUCACACGGUGGCGUACGCAUGAGGGACAUUGCUCCGGAUACCGUUUUCGUCGAUAUCGAAUCUUCUCUUGUCAUUGCAGCUGAUCAGUUGAGACGCGGUCGGCUACUAGGAAGAGGCGCUUUUGGUUUUGUAUUUAGGGCCACCGUCAAACUGCAGUAG